ACAUAUUAAAAUACAAUUAUCAAUUAAAGGGAUUAAAGUUAUCAUAAAUAAUUGUUAAAAUUACUUUUAAAUUAAUCGUCUUACAACAAAAUUAAUGUAAGUUUCUCUAGUACAAGAUUUAUUGUUGUUUCUAUAAAUAACUGAAAAAGUGAGUUUAUAUAGAAGAUGUAUAUGAUAUGUAAAGACAUGUGUGACUGUGUUAGUGUAAGAAAAAAAAAAGAAAAAAAGUAAGAAAAAAAAGUAACUAAUGGAAGGGAAAGUGUAUAAAAAAUGUGCAAUAGUGUGGUGUUAGUUGAAGGAGUAAGAUCAUAAACGAAUUCAGUGGCGGAUCCAGGAUUUUCGAACUUAUGAGUCACCAUCAAUAAUUGAUCACUUAUUUCAAUCCAAAAAUUAUACUACCUCCGUUUCAUAAAAUCUGCAACAAUUUCCUAAAAGGGAAACUACACAUUAUGUGCAACAAAAAAAAACUUCCCUAAUAUAGUAAAAUUUUUUGUUUAAAUUUACCAACAUAUCCUUACUUAACUUCAAUAAACCACCUAUUAACUUAUUAACCUAAAUUAAUUUAUUCAUAAUUAAACCCUAACCCAUAUUCUCUCUCCUCCCUCAUAGCCCACAUCCACCACCAACAUCACCAACUUUUCUCUCUCCACCCUCUCAACCACCAGAAACACACUUUUCUCUCUCAUCCCUCUCAAGAGUCUCAACCACCAGUCAGAUCAGCGCCACCUCGUGACAGUCGCCGCCCCUUACUCGCGACACUCGCUGGCACGAGCUAAUCGAAAAUUCAGAUCAAAGUCGUCGGCUUCUUGCUUCCCUUAUCAAAGUCGUCGGUCCUCCUUGAAAUUCAGAUCUAAUCGAAAAUUGUGAUGGGGUUUCGGAUCAACUUGCUUCCCUUAUCUAAGUCGUCGGUCCUCCUUCAAAUUCAGACCUAAGUGAUAAUGGUGAUGGGGUAAUUAGGUGGGUUGGGGUUUUUGGUGGUUGCGACUUAGGUGGGGUGGGGUGGGGUUUUUUCGGAUCUUGGUGGUGGUGCGUGAGAACGUGGGGGGAGUUUUGGUGUUUUCGGAUCUUGUGGUGGUGCGUGAGGAGUUGUGUUACACGGUGGGUUUUUGGUGGUUGUGAGUUGGGUAGGGUGGGUUUUGGGCAUGGUUCGGAUCUUGUGGUGGUGAGAGGGUGGUCGAAUGUGUUGAAGGUGGUCCUGCGGUGGUUGUGUUGGUGGCGGUAGGGUGGUCGGAUGUGUCAAAGCCUCAAAGGUGAUGUUACUGGUGGAGAAUGUGGGUGUUAGCGGUGCUAAGGUGGGCAGUUUGGUGGGUGGCUUGGUGGGAGCAGAGGUUUUUGUUGUUGGUGGGUGGCUUAAUCAAAUUAUCCCACUUUUUUUAUUAACCCUUAAUAACCUACCCUUACUUUUGUUAAACUACAUUUAUCAAAUUUUGUCUUGGGAAACGUAAAUCCUAGUUUGUUGCAGAUUUUAUGAAACGGAGGUAGUAUAAAAAAAAUUAUAUUUCACCAAAUUUAUUUCAAUCCAACAAUCUAUAACCCUUAUAAAAGCCCCAAGCACCAAGACUGUAGCAAUUUUACUGUUCCUUAUGAACAGAGAAUUGACGGUUUUGCCCUCCCUGCCCCUUAGCACCCUUCUCUGGUUGACCAAGUUGACCGGGCUAUUUCGGUCUUUUUGCUUUGACAUUGCAUGUUGUCUCAGUGGGCUGACGCGUGGCAAUUCCUCUUUCUUUCGGCUGUGUCAAUGGCGGAAUUUCAAGGAGUUGGUGGUGGUGUAGUUGCGUGAUUUCGAGGAGUUAAUGGUGGUGUUGUUGCGCGAAUUCGCGGAGCUGAUGGUGGUGUAUAUGCCCAAUUUGAAGGACUUGGUGGUGGUAUUUUUUGGAUCUGGUUGUUUUGAGCUAUGAGGGAAAAAAAAGAAUAAUUGUAGGUGUAUGCACUUGGAGCUGGUUGUGCUGGUAAAAUUAAUUGCAGCUACUGGUGCUGAUGCACCUAUUAAUUUUAAGAGACCAUCAUUUCAAGGUCGAAAAUCAAAGCGAAUGAGUGCUUUGGUAUCAACUCAUAAUUCUACUAGUCAAGCAGAACAACCAAGAUCGAAAAAGCCUAAAUCAAGACCUUCGAAAUAUAUUGUACUUGAAAAGAGGCCUUCAACUCACAGAUCUACACCAACAAAUGGCCAAAGUUCAAAACAGCUAAGGGAUGCAGCUAAAAAUCAAAGAGUAUAUAAUGCUCCCACUUCAGAUGAAGUUGCUGUUAUCUGGCCUGAUAGUGUUUCGUCAAGUCAGAGUUCAUGGCCACAUGUUCUUGUAACAACAAAUUCUUCAAAGUCUCAUCGGAUUGCUCAUUUUUAUGGGUGUUAUGAUCCUUUGCAGUAUCCCUUGCUAUUCCCAAGAGGUGAAUGUGGUUGGCAUCAGGGUUUAAAGAAAACUUCUUAUGGUGGAGGCAGACAAGUGGCAACUGAACCUGAUCCGAUACAGUCCUGCGCAGUACACACUCCGGCAGAUUUUCUAGAUGCAGAAGCUGCUCGAGCUUCUGGAAAACAUACCAAAGCUGAUAAGAAUAUCUCUGCAAGGGAGUACUAUUGUUAUAAGCUUCAAAUUAGACCAGGAAACAUGCUGUUAAGAGCAGGCCGUGCAUUUUUGCAGUAUAUCACAGACAUGUAUAUCAAAGUUGAAAACACAAGGUUAGAUUUUUUUCGGCAAAAUCGGGAUACAAUAAGAGCGGAUCUUUAUAAAGGGAUUCUAGACACUGUAGAGAGUGGCCAGACAAGUGCAGCUAAUAUUGGUCAUAAGUUCAUUUUUCCACCAUCAUUUAUAGGAGGCCCUCGUGAUAUGAAAAGGAGAUAUCUGAAUGCAAUGGCUCUUGUGCAGAAAUACGGGAAACCUGAUCUCUUUGUCACUAUGACCUGCAAUGCAAAUUGGCCAGAGAUAAAAGAUGAGCUAGAGCCUGGUGAGACCGCACAAGAUCGGCCAGAAUUAGUUGCUCGUAUAUUUCGAGCAAAGUUGAUUGCUCUGAAAAACAAAAUAAAAAAAGAUGAAGUAUUUGGUAAAGUGGCAGCAAUGAUAUAUGUCAUAGAGUUUCAGAAAAGAGGAUUGCCACAUGCUCAUUUCCUAUUGAUUCUAGAGCAACAGCAUAAGAUGAAGUGUCCUGCUGAUUAUGAUAAAUAUGUCUGUGCAGAAAUACCUCCUGUUACUCAGCCUGAGCUCCGUAAAAUUGUGUUAAGGCAUAUGAUGCAUGGACCAUGUGGCCGCUUAAAUCCAGAGUGUCCUUGUAUGAGAAAGAAGGAUAAUGUUAUUUCUUGUAAAAAUGGGUAUCCAAAACAAUUCCCCGUACAAACAACAACAAAUAAAGAUGGCUAUCCUUGCUAUAAGAGAACUGAUACUGGAGAACAAUUGAAAGUCAAAAAUGCUCAGUUAGAUAACCGAUGGGUUGUCCCUUAUAACCCCUAUCUCACAGCACUCUUUGAUUGUCAUUUGAACGUAGAAGUUUGUUCAACUAUUAAAGUAGUGAAAUAUUUAUAUAAGUAUGUUUACAAGGGACACGAUCGAGUGGCCUUCAAUAUUCUGGCUGAAGAUAAAAAUUGUAACGAUGAAAUUGCUCAGUUUCAGUCGGGGAGGUGGGUGUCGCCAUGUGAGGCAGCUUGGAGAAUUUUUGGAUUUGAUUUAUUUGAGAUGCAUCCACCAGUCUUACCUUUUUCAGUUCAUAUUCCAGACAUGAACACAGUUUGUGUACGCCCUUAUGAACGUCUGGAUGUUGGUAUUGCAAGCGGUGUUUAUGGUAGGACUCAAUUAACUGAGUUCUUCCGUAUGAAUGCAGCUACUGAUAAUGGUCUUGGUUACUCAUAUGUAGAAUUUCCUGAACACUAUAAGUGGGAUGCUUCAGCAAAAUCAUGGUCCAAACGGCAAAAUAAAAAAUUAAUGAUAGGGCGAUUAGCUUUUGUCGCUCCUUCGGAGGGUGAACGCUUUUACCUUCGGCUUCUAUUACUGAAUGUCAAAAGUCCAAAAUCAUUCACAGACUUGCGCACAGUUGAAGGUUAUGUGUGUGCAACUUUUAAAGAAGCAUGUCUAAGAGCUGGCAUUUUGGAAGAGGACGAUACUGCAAGAAUUUGUUUAGCAGAAGCAACUGAAAUUCAGCUCCCUCGGGCUUUACGCCGACUAUUUGCAACUGUUCUUAUAUUUUGUCAGCCGAGUAACCCUGAAUAAUUAUGGUUUAAAUAUUAUUCUGCAUUAUCAGAAGAUUUUGCACGCCAAUACCCUGGUGUUGAAAACAAAGUUAAAAGAUUAACUGUCAGAUUAGUAGAGCAGCAUUUAGAGG